AUGGCCAUCAUUGGGGGACUAGGUCCUGAUACAUCAUCCUUUAUGGCAGAAAGUGUACAUGUCUACAAAAUUCCACAGUUUACUUAUGGUUCCUUUGCCCAAGAAGACAUUCAGAUUACUGAGUUAUUUCCACUUUAUUACAUGGUCCCAAAAGAGGAGCAUCAGUACACUGGACUUAUACAACUUCUUCUGCAUUUUGGAUGGAUGUGGAUUGGAGUCUUUGCUUUUGAAAAUAAGGAAGAACGUUUUUUUCAGAAAUUGCAGCCUUUGCUUUCAAAGAACGGGGUCUGUUUAGCUUUCACACAAAAAAUACCACAACAUCUCCACUUGGAAGAUUUGUCAGAAUUGUUAGAUUCAGUCUCAACUAUUUCAAAUAAAUUGAUGGAUCAAAAAUCGAAUGUUUUUCUUGUCCAUGGAGAAUCCAUUUCAAUAGCGUGGCUCAGAACUGUCAUGUUUCUACGUGAUCCCGAAAAUAAAGAAAGUGCAUCAUUUAGGAAGGUUUGGAUCGUGAUGAAUUCAGUUGAUUUCAUCCUGAUGGGAGUUCAAAAGAAUUGGGGUCUCCAGUUGUUCCAUGGGGCUCUUUCCUUUGCUGUGCAUUCAAGAGACAUUCAAGGCUUUAAAAAUUUUCUUCAAAUCAUCAAACCUUCAACCCACAAAGAUGGAUUUCUACAAGAGGUUUGGGAACAAUUGUUUGAUUGUUCAUUUUCAAAUACAGAAUUGUCUUCAACAAUCAUUGAAACCUGUACUGGAGAAGAGAAUUUGGAGAAUCUGCCUGGUCCUCUGUUUGAAUUUCAGAUGACUGGCCAAAGCUACAGUAUCUACAAUGCUGUUUAUGCAGUAGCACAUUCUUUGCAUGAGGCAGUGAGAUCAAAAUCCCAACCAAGAGGUAUUCAAAGGGUUGAAUUUGCAAAUCUGCUGCCCUGGCAGAGAGUCAAAGUUGGAAAGAUUGAUCCUCAUAUUCCCAAUGCAAAGGAAUUAAUCAUUGAUGGAGAGAUGAUUGUGUGGCACCCAGCUUUUAACCAGGUACUUCCAAUUUCUCUGUGUAAUGACCAUUGCUCCCCUGGAUAUUGGAAGAAAGGGUUGGAAGGAAAGCAAUUCUGUUGCUAUAAAUGUGUUCCAUGUCCAGAAGGGAAGAUUUCAAAUCAAAAGGAUAUGGAUGACUGUUUUCCAUGUCCAAAAGAUCAUUAUCCAAAUAAAGAAAAGGAAGGAUGUAUCCUGAAACUGCUGGUCUUUUUAAAUUUUGAAGAAACUUUAGCAAUUGGUUUAGCCUCAGCAGCUCUUUGUCUCUUCUUCUUGACAUCUUGGGUACUUGGAACUUUUAUUAAGCACAGGGAUACUCCCAUUGUGAAAGCCAACAACCGGUCCCUCACCUACACCCUCCUGGUCUCUCUUCUCCUCUGUUUUCUCUCCUCUUUGCUCUUCCUCAGCCAACCUGGCAAAGUGACCUGCCUUCUCAGACAACCAACUUUUGGCAUCACCUUCUCAGUGGCUAUUUCUAGUGUACUGGCCAAAACCAUCACUGUGGUUGUGGCUUUCAUGGCCACUAAACCAGGAUCUCAGAUGAGGAAGUGGGUGGGGAAAAGAUUGGCCUUUUCUAUUGUCCUUUCAUGCUCUCUAUUACAAGUAUGGAUUUGUAUCCUCUGGUUGUCGACAUUUCCUCCAUUCCCUGAGUUGGACAUGCACUCAGCGCUCCAAGAAAUGAUUUUACAAUGCAAUGAGGGGUCAGCUUUCUUCUUCUACUGUGUCUUGGGCUACAUGGGUAUCUUGGCCAUUGCCAGCUUUAUUGUGGCUUUUCUUGCUCGUAAAUUACCUGACAGCUUUAAUGAAGCCAAGUUCAUCACCUUCAGCAUGUUGGCCUUUUGCAGUGUGUGGAUCUCCUUCUUUCCAGCCUAUCUGAGCACAAAAGGCAAAGCCAUGGUCGCUGUGGAGGUCUUCUCCAUCUUGUCCUCCAGCGCUGCAUUACUGGGAUGCAUAUUUCUGCCAAAAUGCUACAUCAUUGUUUUGCGGCCUGACCUCAACUCCUUUCACAACUCAAGAAAGAAAAAACCCGACUCCAUUUUCAUAGAGAAAGGUAAUUUUACUGACUAUGAACUGAAUGCAACCAAAGAAAACCAAGGUCUGAGGCAAUAGGCAUGAAUUUCACAUAUAGAAA